UCUCUUCCACCAAUAAAAACUGGGCGCCACCAUAUACUGUAACUGAAAAAUUGUUGAGUGUGGCAGAAAACAUCAAAAACAAACAAAUUUACCAACUCCUUCAAGGGACAUUAUUGAAAAGUUCUAUAAAUUAUUUUCUGAUUUUGUAUGGAAAAGCCCUGUGGCUAAAAUUAAGAAAAAGUAGUUGGAUGGGGAUUUUGAAAUGAUAGAUAUUGAAAACUUCAAUGCAAAUAUGAAGAUUUCAUGGGUCAAAAAAUUGUUACAAACUACAAGUGCACCAAAGUGGAAGAAGAUUUUAGGAGCAAACAUAGAUAUUUACAAAAUAAUUAGAUUAGGACCAAACUUUGCAUUAAAAAAAUACAUUAAAACCUAUAACAAUCAUUUCUGGAUGGAUGUCUUUACAUCCUGGAAAAAACUCUGCAUGUGUUUUGAUAAAAACAAUGAUACUAAAGAAAAGUGUAAUAUGGUAUAAUGACAAUAUACAAGUAGGUAAUAAACUUUUUUUUAAAUCAUGGUAUGAAAAUGACAUUUCGAAAUUGUUUAAAAAACUUAAUGAAUGAUUUUAUAUAUCACAUUGUGCAUGUAUAAGAAGAUUAUAGGCAUAAAUGCUACACAGCAUGAAAUUUGUACAUGAAUAUAUAAUUGUACUGAUUUUGUGACCAUAAUUUUAAGACUUUUAGAUUGUGCACAGGGUGAACAAAACAACAUAGCCAAUGUUGGCAAUCUUUUCUUCUUAUUUUUAUGUUUUUGUUCAGCAGCCAGAGUAAUUUUCCCUCUAUCUUCUUUCUCUUUACUUCUAUCUUCCGUAUGAAAGUCUAUCAUAAGUGUGAAAGUGAGUGUUCGUGUAAAUACAUGUAGCAUUGAGUCCCCAUGCCCGCUGGUCAGGUUGGGAUAUAGGGGCACUUGUAAAAAUCCUGACUAAAAGAAUUGAAUAAAUGUAUUUUUUUUUAAAAGCUAAGUGUGCGGAACAUGGUGGAUCCAAAAGUUUGUUUCGUUCCUUAAUGUAGAGUAGGACAGUAUUCCGACAGAAUGUGAUCUACCUUCAAACCUUAUCUGAAGGAAACAAAACUAUUUACCUUCGGGGAAUGUCAAAGAGACAUGCACUAAUAGUCGAAGGCGUACAGACCGAAUGUAGAGCAGCCGACCCUGAAAAUCGAAUAAUAUACCAUAUGUCAUGUCAUUUCGGUAUUUUUAAUGAAAUUAUUUACAUAUGAAGACAUAUAAUUACUAUAAUUAUACAACAUGAUUCAAAAUCAUCAGACACGUUAUAACGAAUGUUUUAAAUGAUGUUAGGGUUGAAGUAGGAGCAGCUCUGUAGCCCUCUGGUAAAAUAUUGGAACAAACCAGAGAGCAACCUGAUUAAAAGCUUUGUGAAGCGACAUAACAAUAACGGAGCGGAUCAAAAGUCGGAUUUUAAUCAGACUGAUUUUUAUGUUAUCAUCAGUGUCAACAGAUUUGCUCACAAAAGAAAACCCACAGAUAAGGCAAAUGUUCCCCAGAGGAUAGAAUUCUGGUGGGAUAAUCCGAGUACUCCCAUGUGUUCCACUUGGCGCUGCCAUUUUUUCAUUCGGAAUUUUAUUUCGAGGCUUACCGUUAUGAACUACAUCUCACGAUUUUAGCAGUGACGAUUUAAUUGGUAAAACCAAAGUUGAGACUGACGUGACCCCAUAAGAGAUGUAUUCAGAUCUUUGUGUAGCGACAUCACAAUAACGGAGCGGAUCAAAGAUCUGAUUUUAAUCAGAUUGGUGGAGGGGUGGCCAUUUUAGGUUACUGGCAAUGAUCUAGCAGUCGUAAAUCUGCCUUCUGAUUAUCAUAGCAGAUUCUUUGAUUAAGGGCUAACGCUAAUACAAAUUAAAUCACUUGUCCAGUAGUGCAGAAUAUACAAGUUUGCCUGCUGGAGUUUUCCUAAAUUUGAUUUUGCUACCAAAUAUUCUUUCUAUUUUUGAUUUCGGUGGCCAGUGUUUAAAUCACCGUAAAAUGAGUCGGUAUAAAUGACAUCUCUCUUUCUCUCUCUCUCUCUCUCUCUCUCUCUCUCUCUCUCUCUCUCUCUCUCUCUCUCAGCAUUGCCAUACUCUCAAUCACGUAAUUCUGCACGAUAUAUAUUUCCAUAAUGAUAUACAUGUAUACCUUUUAUUCUGUUAUGAAUAUAUAGUUUAUCGCAUUUACAAAGAACAUCGUUAUUAUUUCCGACAAAGCAAUAUAUGAUGAGGUACAUAUAUUAUUUCCCAACAUCUAUAUACGAGGUCAGCUGUUCCACUUCCGUGAUCGUGUACUUUUACAUUCAUACUUGAAUUUCAUCUCAUCCAAGGUACUAGUAUUUCAGGAAACAUUGAUUCUCAUCAAUUGCUUUAUUUGCCAUGACAAAAGACAUUUUGAAAUACAAUGCGUACAUAUUAGCGCAAGAAUGGUACAGGUAGGCAUAUGAGAAGACGUCAAUAUGAAGAUAUUUAAUCAGUGAAGAAAAUUUCCCCCCUUUUUCGAAGAGGAAACUACUGAAUAACAGAACACAUUUAUAUAUAUCAUUGAUGAGAUAAAAAAAACCCAGAAUUGAUAACUUGAUGUACAGAAAUGGAAGGAUAGGGAUAUGAAAGUAUACAUGUACUACGUGUGAGGAACAAGGCGGGAAGUUAACGUCUGCUGAUACUGAGUAUUUUCCCGCGGAAAAAGCGGUCUCUGUGGUAACUAACGGUUAGUCUCUAUUGGCAUCACACAAGUUCAUGAACAAGAAUGGCUGACGUUGAAAGGAGUCCAGAUGUGUCUUCUGCUAUUGAUUCCUAUCUUUUCGGUUUACUGAAAAGAAGCUAUUGUAUCAGGAAGGAAAUUCGUGUUCAUCACUUAUGAAGGGAAACAUUUGCUUACUUGACAAGCAGAAAUCAUAAUGAAGCUCUGAGAGUAACGAUAUGAAAGUUUUCCAAGUCAUCGAUAUGAAUGUUCUUGCAGAACUUCAAAACUGUUUGAAAGAUAUAUGGUGGACUCCUUCGGAUACACUUCACGUUUCCAAAGUUCCAAAGGCGUUACGGGAGCCGGCUAUUUUCACGGGUUACCGCCCAGUAAACAGGUCGUGGCUCUACUACCUCCUCAGUCUCUUCCGUGUCCACAACGAAACGUUAAACGUCUGGAGUCACCUUGCUGGUAUUUUUGCGAUCCUGUUUGUCCUUUGGAAUGUCUCAGAUUCGUACGGAUUCACAAAUAAGCACUUAUGGCCAGCCUUGACUUUUGGUGUAUGCGCAAUCAUUACUAGUAUAUUUAGCACCGUGGCUCAUCUCCUACAUUCCAAGUCUACCAAUAUCCACUAUACAAUGUUCUUGCUGGACUAUAUUGGAGUGACUUUUUAUGCUUACGGCACCGGUGUGAUUGCAAUGUAUUCAUGUUCAACGAAAAGAUUUUACGACGCUUGGUCACAACAUUAUCUCCUAACACUAGUUAUAGCAUGUUGGCUUUCUUACAUCGUUUUAUGUAUAGCAAAAUGCUUGUAUGGAGAAAAUCCUUUCAAUUUAUCCCGAAAAGUUCUACAACUCGGCGCCAUCUUUAUUCUCUCCGUUUUGCUGAUUGCCCCGUUAUGUGAAAGAUAUGUAACGUGUUUAAUGCAAAGUUCUUGUUCGAUAGCAUCCCUCCAUCAUAUCACCAUUUGUCUGAUUCUGUUCGGUUCGCAGGCCUUCUUUUUUGGCAGCCAUUUCCCAGAAAAGAUGUUUCCGGGUAAAUGUGACAUUUUAGGUCAAGGACAUCAGAUUUUCCACAUUUUAAGCACCGUAACCCAGGCAACCCAGAUUCGAGCUGUCAUCAUGGACAUACAGUCCGGACACUCUAAUCACACGGACCCUGUAAUGUCGCGAUUCUUUAGUUAUGGUGUCCUGCUAAUGGCUUUGUCACUUCUUACAUUUUUCUACGCUCGAAGAUUCACACCAAAUGCCAAACUCUGAAUACAUUUUCUCCCCCCCCCCCCACACACACACAUUUACGUCGUACGUUCUUAAAUUGUUUACCUCUGCAUUGACGGAUUCAGAAAAUUUUCAGAGGGUGAAUGUUGACCCAUUCUGGUACAUUUAAUCCCCAAAUAUUGGGUUUGUAGACCUCAAAAUGACAGACUCACCUCUUCUUUAUUGAAAUACAUUUCGGGGAUUGAGAGGUAUGAAACCUCCACAAUCCCUCUAAAUCCACCACAGGUGCAUCACCUUAGUUACUUUUUUAAGUCUUUCAGUGUAAAUACUAGUCCCAUGUAUACAGUGUGUUUUCGGGACGUCGUUAUAAUACAUUGCUAGAUGUGCAAUGGUGUAGCUUGAACAAGUAUUAGUGAUCAGGGCAAUUGUGAAACUAACCAUUUUUAUAAAGGGUUAUGACCGGGUAUGCUAGUGUAUACCUCGUCAUAUCCAACGUGUUUGACUAAUGACACAUGCUGUAAUUCUCCAAAGACAGCGUGAUGUUUUAAUCAUAAUUCCCUGUGUGGGCAAGAACGUGUUCGAAUGUCGUGAAUGAUUUCUUUGUUGUUGUUUUGGGGGGUUUUGUUUGCUGCUUUUUUUUCUUCUUUCCAAUGAUCUAGCGAAAUAUCAAAUUUUUUAAUUCAUGUUAUCCCAGUGUAUGUAGAUCUGUUUUAACUCGUUGGGGGACUUUAUAUUAUUAUUGCUGUACCCAGUAUAUUGGAGACUAGUAUAGUAGGCGCACAUUAAGUAAUACAUCAAAUUUUGUUACUUGAAAUGCAUGUUAGCUGAUAGUUUGAACCAUUGUGAUUCAGAACAAUAUAUGCACUGCGUUUUAAAACUAUAUAUUUUCACUUUUUAUACUUACAAUGUAUCUCUGUCAAUGAAUAGUAAAUAUGUCAAUAAAAAAAAUCAAAUGAAA